AUGCCAGAGGUUAGAGAGCUCACCGAUGCUUUGGCCAACGUGCCUAUGGACCCCAUUACCGGCGUUGGCGUCGUCGCCUCCCGGAACCGGGCCCCGACCAAUUACGACGUGGUUGCACAAACCGCGGAUGGCUUAGAUGCUGAUCUUUGGAAGGAUGGCUUGUUCAAAUCCAAGGUCACACGAUAUUUGUGCUUCACACGGACUUUCUCCAAAGAGAAUAGUCACUUAGGAAAUGUCUUGGUUGACAUGAAACUCAUAGACAUAAAAGAUACUUUGCCCGUCGGCUUCAUCCCAAUUCAAGAAACUAUGGAUACACAAGAAACUGCUUUCCGGAAAAAGAGAUUGUGCAUUAAAUUUAUCCCCCGGGAUUCUACAGAGGCCGCCAUUUGUGAUGUCCGCAUACUGGGCCGAGGCAAACAAACUCCUCAACAAUAUACGUAUAUCGGGGAAUUGAACAACAUGGGGAUCUGGUAUCGGAUGGGGAAGGUCCCUCGAAAUCAUGAAUCAUCUCAGCCUACCACACCUUCUCCACAAGCACCAGCCACCACACCAGCUGCCAACCUUCCCAGGUGA